UCACAAUAUAUAAUAAAUAUGAAUAAUAAUGAGUCAUGGAAAAUCUUAAUUAAUUAAUCGCCUAAUAAAAGAGUGAGCUAGAUUGCAAUUUCGUUGACAAUACUGACAAACAUGGCGGCGUUUGGACUUCUGCUUCUUUUCGUUGUCGCUACUGUGUCAGCACUACCGGCUGACCCGGUUAUUCUGAAAUAUGACGAGAACCGGUUCGGAUAUGUCCGUGGACCGGACGGCACCCCACACCUGGUUGACUCGUGGAUGAAGGUCAGCGAUUUGAGUGAAACAGCGAGAUAUAAUCCUUUAAGGCAGAAUGUCUACCACCUUUUCACCAGGGAAAACCCCACUGUAAGCCAGCCUCUGCUGAUAGGAAACGUUGGACUUAUCGGCCUGACCAACUAUGAUCCGCAGCGUAGAACGAUCGUCCUUCUUCACGGCUGGCUAGACACGGCCACUGCUGACUUCAACGCUGUUCUAGUACCAGCUUUCCUGGAGGCUGAGGAUGUGAACAUCAUUGUGGUGGACUGGAGUGCUGGCUCGAACACUGCUAUUUACAUAUCCGCUAUUGGCAACACCGUGCGAUCAGGUGAAAGCGUGGCCGACUUCAUCAAUUGGCUCAAUUCGGUUACUGGCGUCACACCAGACAGAUACCACAUCGUGGGGCUGGGCCUUGGUGGUCACCAAGCUGGUAUUAUUGGUAGAAACGUGGACGGCGAGAUUGCGUACAUAACUGCUCUGGACCCUGCUUCGUACGGAUGGGUUCUCAACAGCAACAAAUUCAAACCUGAAGAUGGGCAAUACACCGAAGUGAUCCACACCAACGCCGGUGUCCAGGGCUACGUGGGAACCCUGGGUGAUGUCGACUUCUAUCCUAACAGUGGUGUUAACAUGCCCGGCUGUAUUACACCUGCUUGCGAUCAUGCCAGGUCCUACUUCUACUUCGCUGAGUCUCUGGUCAGCGGUGGGUUCACCGGUCGUCGCUGUGCCACCACCACUGCCGCUAUGGGAGGAGGUGUCUGUCUUGCGAGAGGCAAUCUGAAUUUGGGCGGCAUUGAGCCUAAGACUGGAUCUUCUGGAAUCUAUCACUUAAGGACCAAUUCUCGCCCACCAUUCUCAAGAGGUUGAAAUAUUAUGAAAUUGAAUUAAGACUUGGACUUAGUAAUACUUAUUAUUAUUAUAAAUAAAUAAAUAUUUUAAAUGCA